UUUUAUUAGUUUUAAUGUAUUUUUAAUUAUAAUUAAUUUUUUGUGUUAGUUUUAUCCAUUUUGUUCAUUUACAGCUUGUUUAAUCUCGUCUAAUUAUGACUGUAAAUUCUCAGAUUAUAAUUAUCUGUAUAAGUGUAUUUUUCUAGUACCUUUUAACACUCUGUAGAAUAUUUAGACUUUUUCAUUUUAUUUUUAAAUCUAUAUUUCUACGUCUCUAUUGCCUAUUGCAAUACAUUCAAAUUUUUUAAUGUCAAAUCUCACUUUUCUGGAAAAUAUCAGCAAAAUAUAUAACAAAUAACAUUUAAACAUUUUUAUCAAAAAUUUUAAUUUUAAUAUAUAUAAUCUUUUAAAAUUUGUUACAAUAUCUUUGUACAAAUUGUUACAAAGCCAUUCAAUUCUGAACUUUUUUUUAAUAAAGUAAAGGAUUUGUAAUUGUAUUUAAGUUAAUGGAUUCCCUUCUAUUAUAAUAAUAAUGGGAUUCUUUUCGGCCAAAUUCGAAAAUGAAUAUACACUCGGAAGAAGGAUAUUCAACGGAGCUAAAUGCCAAGUAAGAGAAUGUCGUGGAAUAAAAGAUGAGAGAGAUUACGUAGUGAAGAUAUACGCCUCUGACCUCGAGGAGGUCAACACCAUCCGCUACGAGUACCACCUCUUCGUAAAGAACAAAAUCAAUUCUAUCCCUAACGUUCUCAGACUGAAAGAUUGCUUUUUUGAUAAAUAUUACGUUUAUUACGUUACUCAACGUUACGAAGGACAUGAUUUGUUUCGUACUGUGAUGAAUGGUCACAAAUAUAGUGAAUAUGAUUUAUCGUGUUAUUUCAAACAGCUGUUUAGAUGUUUGUCAGCUUUACACGGCAUGAACAUCGUCCACAGGAGAAUAAGCGGCAAGAACCUGGUGUUCCUGGAAAAGGAAAACAAGACGCUUCUGCUCAAGGGCCUGAGGCACAUGCUCAGUACGCAUGAGUUCUCAAAGUUCAACGUCGUCGUUGAACACUCUAUCCAGUAUCUGUCACCUGAGAUCAUCUCCCAGGAAAUCAACUUAAGUAAUAUUAUGAAGAGUGAUGUUUGGGCCUGCGGAGUCAUUCUGUACACCCUACUCUUCGGGAACAAUCAAUUCCCUAUUGAAUUUCCCUACGAAAAGUAUGCCCAAAAUAUAGUAAAGUGUGAGAUUAACUGGUCACAUAAUUCUCCUCUCCUGACCUCAAAACUAGCAGUUGAUUUUUGUAAAUCUCUUCUCAGAAAAGAUCCUGAUGAACGUUUAUCUGCCAAAGAAGCGUUAUUUCAUCCCUGGAUAGCAGGGGAUAAGUUGUAUGUACAUAACACAGAAUUAGCAUCGAAUAGAUUUUAUGCAGAGGUCAAAAAUGCAAUUGAUGAGCUUGAUACAUUAGAUGAAAAUACUUCAAUACAAUAUCGACAUAAAUUUAAUGAUGAAAACCCGUUGAACUCAUCUACCCAACUGGUGCUGAACAAGUGUGUAUCUGGGCAUAAUUUUGGGAUGGGAAAGAGUGUGAGUUCGAACCAAUCGACACUGUCGACACCGGAUACCAAAGAUAGGAUACGAACAAAAUGCCUUCCAUUCAAAUUCCCAACCCUGUCCUUUAAAUUUUUCAAAUUCAGAUCUAAAAAGCCGGAUAAAAAGCCAUUGAUGGAAAAUCCAGUGGUUGAUAAAUAUAUCAAAGAUGAUGAGGCAGAUUAACACUAAAUAUUUUACACAAAAUAUU